CCCCACCCACAGCGACAUGUGGACGUGAGGCUCGGGCCCGGCGCUUCCGCAGUCAGAGUGUGGCUUUGCCGGGCGUUCGGCUGGUGACGGGCUUCAACUCAGAGCCGAGUCGGCGGCGAGGAUGAUCACAUGAGCCCGGGGCCUGUGCUGAAGCGGAGAGAGCGCGGCCCGGACCGAGUUUUGUACUGUCAACUAAAUGUAAAAGAUGGGAGGCAGGAAAUUAAGAGAAGCUACGUCAUUUUCAGAUAAUGAAGAAGAUUUUGAAGGUGAAGAAAAUGAACAAGAACAAGCUGAUAAUGGGCUGUUUGUUCCAACAAAUCAAAUUGACUGGUGCCCUAUCUGCCUGAAUAUCUUUGUGGAACAAGAAGUGGCUGUUCCUGAGAGCUGUUCCCACAUUUUUUGUCUGAGGUGCAUUCUUGCAUGGGCUGAAAAACUCAGUUCCUGCCCAAUAGAUAGAAAGCCUUUCAGUGUGGUUUAUAAACAAGACAAUAUAAAGAGUAACACAAAGAUUCCAGUGAAGACAUGCUUCAGUAAAAAGUCAGGAGAACAGAAGGAUGGCAGCAGUGGACAUUAUAUUGGUGUCACAAGAGAAUGUAAUAUUUUGAAUGAUGGAGUAUGCACGUGCUUAAAGGGAAAAUGCAAAAGGCACUAUGAUGAUUGGCAACAAACUGAAUUUUGUGAAACUCAAAGCAGACCGAUCAUUGCUUACAACAAAAGGAGCAGGAGUUCCAAGAAGACUACAAAUAAGGUCAACAGAAAAAAAUGUCAUCAGCCAUGCGUGAGGAAUGAUCCGAACAGUUUCUCUCCACAUUAUGGGAAAUUGGAAAUGUCUGUUUCCCAGGCUGAAAACUGCACUGAGUUUGUUGACGUGUGUGAAAUUGCACCACUAAUCAGACAGAAGAGAAGAGGACCUGAGUCAUUUAGAUUGCCAUGGCGAAAUGCUCUCACUGCCCUUACAACAGAAAUGUUGAGGCACGAAAUAGACUUAAUUUCUGUUGGAAAUGAUGAAGCAGCAACUGCUUUACCCCUGCGAGAUCUGACGUCAGGAACUCCUUUUCUAUCGAACCCACGCGGAUUGGGGCGUUCUGUUAAUUUUCCUGGCAAGAAGUGUGCACUUGCAGGCACCAGAGGAGGUGGAGAGAAAAAAAAUAAGUCUGGCGCAUCAGGUAGUACUAAUGCAAGCACCUCUGAAACUUCACAAGGCAGAAGAAGAUCGAUGCGCAUCAGCAAAGCAGAAAACUUGGACAAAUCUGCCAGCUCAUCUCAGAGGGCUCAGUCAAGCUCGGGUGCAUCCAUUUCAAAAGUAUCUAUGGAAUGUGCACAAACUCCACCUAAAAAGGCAGGAAAGCAAAAGACCAAGAGGAAAUUAGAGAAUGAACAAAGUAAAAUUCCUUCUGAUAAAAAGAAAACCAGAGUUACCCGUAGUUCCUACAAGAAAUCUGAUUCUAGCAGUUCCGACCCAAAUGAUAGUCCAUUUGUCAGUGAAACUGAGCCUCAACCUCCUACACCUCUCUCCAAUGAAAAGCAGUUGACAAAUUUAGAUAAUAGUAGUCCAAGCCAUUUAUCAGCUAAUGGCUGUAGUGAAACCGUUAUUUCAAUAGAAAAAGAUAAAGAGGAAGAAGUUAUUGAAAAAGAGCAUAGUCAUGUUGAGAAUACAAACCCAUCUGUUGAGGAAGAGGACUGUAAACCAAUUACUGACCCAAUUAAUAGUGAAGACUCAGGAAAUUCAAAUCUUCCUCCAUCUACUGAAGAUGAAAAUUUUAUGGAACUUAACUCAGGAAAUGCAACAGGACAUGCUGACAAAGAAAUGGUUAAAAUGGAACAGCAUCAUUUGAAAGAUGAAAUGUAUUCUCUCAGUGCAGAUGUGCCCUGUGCCAGUCUAUCUAAUAGUGAUCAAGCUAUUGGUCCCACAAGAUAUCCUGAAAGUCCCUCAAAUAAAGGUUGUGACGAGGUAGAAAAUAAGGCACCAGCAGAAGAUCAAUAUUCUGAGCAAUAUAAAGAGGCAGAAUUUACAGAGAACAUGGGAAGUCCUGAACAAGUACCUUCAUGUUGGGGUGUUACUGAAAAGCAAUCAACUGCUGAAAGUACAGGAAUACAUGAUGAUGAUACCCUCUCUGAGAGAAAAAUGUCAUUGGAUAGUAUUGAUGCUGAGUAUCCUAAUAGAGCCGAACCUGCAGAGGUUAAGGAAAUUCCAGGUGAGGGAGACCGUACAUCAGGCUAUAAAAGUGAUAUUAGUAAAGAGUUAUCAGUUGAAGUUCCUGGAAGAAUUGCAGUAAAUAGUGGCCUGAUGAAUGAAAUGUCUUUGGAGAAUAUCAAACCAGAGCAGCUGAAAAACAUGGAAACUCCGGAAAUUUUAGGUGCUGAGAAGGAAUCUGAUUGUAGAAGUAUUAGCCAGCAGUAUGCUGAGGCACCUGGAACAUACAUGGAAGAGGACAGCCUGAAGCAUGAAUUGACCUCAGAGCAUCUAAAGCUGGAGCAGUUUGACAUGGGUUCAAUGAAAGCUUUAAAUGCAUCGGAACACAUGUCUGAUAGUAAAAUAGGUAUUGGUCAGCAGUUAUCAAUCGAAAACCAUAAAGAGAUUAUGGAGAAUAUUAGCUCUAAGUCCGAACUGGGCCCCGGGAGUAUUGGACCUCAAGAUGAGAUGGAGCUGGGUGGAGUUUUAAACAAUCUUAAUCAAGCAUCUGAUCCUAAAAGUGGCUUUGAUCAGCAGUCAUCUGAUGAAAGUCCUGGAAAAGCAGUGGAGAGUGAAUGUCUAAAAAUCGAAACCUCUUCAGAAAUACUGAGCUAUGUUCAAAUAACUACGGAGGCACAUGAAGAUAAAGCUAAAACUGAAUUGUUUAUUGAUAGGACCUGCAGUAGUGGUCCUGAGGACUUUAAUGUGGAUAACAAUGAGGUAGUGGCUAUGGAAUGUGAUUCACCUAUCAAUGACCACCAAAUGCCUGAAACCGAACCAGAAUCUGAAAAAAAACUCAAAAGAAAUUAUGAGCAACUGCUGCCAAAUUCUUCUGUUGAAACUAUCAAUAAGGAAGGACCUCCUGAGAAUGAACGUGAGAAAAAGUCGGAACAGAAAGAAAAAGACGUUCCACGUCGCAAAUCUAGAUUCCACGCAGCAUCCACAACUUGGUCUCCAGAAAGGGAAAGAAAACGUGAACCUAAGAGAUCUAGAUCAAAGUCACAGGGAAGAUCCAUGCCCGCAGCUCAAGGAAGGUCCAUGCCCAUGCCUGAAGGAAGAUCUGGGUCACGGGGGAGAUCUGGCUCCAAGUCGAGGGCAAGGUCCCGGUCACGCUCCAGGUCACGGGGAAGGUCACGCUCCCGGUCGCGGGGACGGUCUCGGUCCCGGGGACGGUCUCGGUCCCGAUCACGGGGAAGAUCAAGAUCUAGGUCUAGAACGCAGGGAAGAUCCAGGUCACGGUCACUGGGAAGGUCCAGAUCCAGGGGUAGGUCCAGGUCCCGGUCAUGGGGGAAAGACCAUCAUAGUCACUCGGACAGACCUGCACAUGAACGAAUUCGUUCAUGGGGGGAUGAUGGUGACCGAAACAUCCAGACAUCUCCAUCUUGCAGGAAAAGAUCCAGGUCUCUAAGUAAAGAGAGAGGCAAGGAAGAACCUCCAAGUGAAAGUGGGAAGAGGGAAGCUGAAGCAGACAGGGGAAGAAAAGGUAGGCAGCGUUCUAGAUCGAGGUCUAGGUCCAGAAAGAGGUAUUAUUCUGGAGACAAAGAGGAUAAGCCCGGUUUUUCUCCAGGCAGAAGAGACAGAAAUGUGGAUGACAGCUGGAGAAGUGCUCGAGGAAAGGAUAGAUUCAGAAUGAAUGAUUGGGAUAGACCGAGGGGGUUUGACAGAUUCAGAAAAGAUAAUAGGAAUAGGGAAUUUCAGCAAAUGUCCAGAUACCCAAAUGAGCAGUUAGCUGGGGAUACAAAUGAGUAUUUAGAUGACAGGAACCCUGAAUGGAUAAUGGAACAAAUGCAGCCAUCAUCUGAUGUUCGUAUGAGAGAAAAUGAAUACAGGAAUGAUGCCAAGUGGGAAGAAAAUAGAUAUGAAAGGGAUGAUUCUUGGACGAAUAGGAACUUUGUCCCUGGCUGGAAGCGUGGUCGUGGACGUUUUCGGGGAGGACCAUUUCGUGGUGACCAAAGUGAAAUUCCAUGGCAAAACCGAAGGUCAAAUUUCUCAGGCGAGCAGAAUAAUUCGGGAAAAUACCAAGGGACUGGACCGCGCAGGUAUAAUGACCAUCAACCCAACAGAUGGAGAGGUGACUCAAAUCCAUCUUCUGAUGUCCGUGACCGUUCUGGAUGGUCUUCUUUCUCUAGUUGGAAUGCGAGGAAAACUCUGCCAGCAGAUGUCCAAAAUUAUUAUGCAAAUAGGGGAAGGCAGGCUUCAGGCACACAGUCAAGCUGGCAGGGUUCAGAGGAGGAACAGUACCAGAGUUCAUCAGAGCAAGCAGAUUCAUCGCAAGGGACAUCAGCCUUCAGUGACCAGGCAAAUCAACAAAUGAAUGGCUCUCAGCAACCUGUUAAUAUGCUGCAUCAGCCUGUUUUACCACAACCACUGAAUCCGCCACCCCAACCAAUGAAUGUCUUUCCCUAUCCAAUGAAUGUCCAUCCUCCUCUAAUGCAUUUCCACAAUCCAUAUAUCCACCCUCCUCCUCCAUUGAAUGUGCAUGCAGGAAUGUCAGCCGUGCCACCAACUGCUGCUGGAAAUCUGCCUAACAGCCCACCCCCACCACCACCUCCACCUCCACCAUCCCAGUCAGUGAACUACGCAGUCCAACAGCUUGACCUGACACAACCUCAGAUCAUACCUCCUCCCUGUAAUGCUCCUGAGGUGGAUUUGCAGACCAGUGCUGCUAGUGUACCCAUUCCAGCUGGAGGUUCAGGCAAGGCAGUGCCUGUUUCACUUCCUGUAGAUGUUUCUUCUUCUGCCUUUCAGUCUGUCCAACAGGUCUUUGCAACUCUUUCAACUCCAAAGACUACAGUAGAAAAAGAGAGCCUGAAGGAAGAAUUUGAAAUGGAAAAGCCCAAAAAGGACAAGAAAUGUACUAUUCAGGAAAGAGCCGUAGAAGAGGUAAAACUAGCCAUCAAGCCUUAUUACCAGAAGAAGGACAUUACCAAGGACGAAUACAAAGAAAUUGUCCGCAAGGCAGUGGAUAAGGUUUGCCAUAGCAAGAGUGGUGAAGUAAUCCCAGGAAAAGUAGCGAACUUGGUAAAAGCAUACGUAGAGAAAUAUAAACAUGCAAGGAAAGGGAACCCAAAGCAAAAUCCUGAAGAAUGCAGUAUCAUUGGGAACAAAUCUUUUUAAAUGAUAUAAAGAUAUAGCAGAUUAAUUACCAGUGUUAAAAUGAACCCAAAAUAGAAUGAUGAGUAGGAAAUUUGUUUUCCAUUGGUUCAUAUAAUUUUUUCCUACAGAGAUUGUUUUUUUUUUAAAUGGAAGCAUUUGGGACACCACAAUAACAUGAAAUGAAAAGCAUGCUGUUGUUAGUUAUAUGGAGUUGCAAAGAUAAUAUGAUCUGUCCUGGCCCCUCCUGCGGGCUGUCAGUAGAUCAGCUGUAUAAAUGUGAUAUUUGUUUAGAUGAUUUCCUAAUGUAUCAAAUUAUCUCUUACUGAUUUUUUUUGUUAACUCUAGUUAGUGUUUUUGUAAACAGUUUGUAUGCUGUACAAAUGCCUCCAGGUUUAACUGGAAGGAUCUGGAUCAUGUAGUUGCACUAAAGACUGGCAACUGAGGCUGAUCAGCUAUUUUAGUGCAUUUAGGAUCUCAACAAAAAUGAUUGCUUAAUUCUGCUAGGACUGUUGCUCAGUGGGAAAAUGUUUGAUAAAAGAUUUGAUUCUAUAGUUUCAUUUUUGAAAAAAGCAGAAAAGAAUGGUUCAGAAUGUGAUAGGAGUAUUCUGUAAUACUUAACCUACACACCGAAAUAAAUUUUCUGCUGCUUGUCAAAACAGUUUCUGGGUCUUGAUGAACAUGUAUAUGGGUUUACGUUUGUUGAAGAUCAGAUGAGAAAUUUGUAUUUCUACUCCAAAAGUGGAAUCCUUUGUAAAAGUAUUUUUGUUUGAUGUCCUGGUGAUGGCAUUAUAGUAGUACAUUCCAUUAGGUGCUGACGUUGUUCUGUUAUCUUUAAACACAAUAAAUUAGUAUGGCAAUAGAUAAUUUAAAUACCAGGGAGGAUCUUGUAAAUGCCUAUAUAACUUAAAUAUCGAAUGAAGCUCAAUUUUUUUGGUAUUAUCAAAGGCUUGAGUUCUGUAUUUCUAACAGCUUCCAAAACACUAUUGCCAGCAGUGCUUCGUCAUAUUUUUUAUAUUAUCGCUAACAAUCAUAUCACCUGCCUGCUAGUUAUUAUUUAAUGGAAUUUUGUAAUAGAACAUCAAACCAAGUUGUUGCCGCCCUUCUCUUUUCCAGUCAUUGGGUUUUUGAAUGUUCCUGCAGUGGGAUUUCCUCUUAAUCCAUUUGGUUAUAUUGCAAAGAACCUUGACGCUUUUAACGAUGGAACAUACUUUCAUUUUUGAGAAGAAGGCUAGCACAUUUUAUGUUGGAAAUAAAUCCAGUUUACUGAAAAGACUCAUACUUAGAGCAAAAAUGUACUAAUGAAAGGAAUAAGUGUGAGAAAUUCAUUAAUUCCAGGAAGAUAAGGUUAAUAAAUUUUAAUGUGGUUCAAUAAUAUUGAAAGUGCCAUAUUAACAUGUACUUAAACAGUGGAAUAAUCCUGAAAGUUAAAUGUGUACAUCCAAAGUUGCUUACCAUUUUAACUAUCGCAUGUUCUUCAUUAAUAUUCAUAGGCUAUCUAUACAGGGCAGAAAAACAUUUGAACAGAUUCUUAGAAAAUAAGUGUUUGGACUCCAAAUACAACUGACGCUCCUCAAGUCUCCAAACUUCCAGUGUUGCUUUUGUAAAAAUCCCUUAACAAAACUGUUUAUUCUCAGUGGGCUUUGAAUAUAUUUAUAUUUCUUGUGACCCUGGUAUUGGUCUCUUUAGCUGAAUGAUUCAAUAAGAGAUGGGGCCUUUUAAUUUUCCUUGAAUGGAAGAGAAACAAGGCCUCUUGUAUUGAGGAGACUGUUGGUCGUAAUUUAAAAUUACAGAACACUGUGGUUCGUUGUCCUAUUGGAUGAGGGCCAGCUUUGCAUCCAGUUCUCAAAGCAUGCGUCCUUAAUCUACAUAUCUAAAAUGUAUCUCUCUGGCAAGAAAAUUAAAUCAAUUACUGAACCCUAAUGUGUAUUACAUCUUGGGACUAAUGGACAAUCAUCAUUCCAGGAUGCUUAUUCUCCUCUCUGGUGCCCAGCAAAUGGUCAAAAUAUACUUCAAUAAUGGGAGUAGGGUAAUGGAUAGGGCAGGGCAAGUGUAAUUUUGCCACUAAGUACAUUUUGGCAUAGUAUUUGACCAUUGGAUCCUGUUCUUAUGCAAAAUUUCCAACAGGGUUAUCAGAUAAGAAUCAUGUAUUCUUUCCCCGUGCCCCCCCCCCCCCCAAAACCCCUGCCUGUGUAAUUAAGGUGUGCUAGGACCAGUUGUUCACUUUGCUGCCAUUGUAAUUGAGAUCAGAUUGUCAACAAUAGCCAGAAAUUAAUCUGGGCCCUCUGGUUUGGCGGCUCAACCUCACACCUUUUACUAACUGGUCCACUAGGGAAGGAUGCCAGUUCCCACGUUAAGCAGGAUUAGCAUUUGCAAGUCAUUGGCACAGUUCACCUCUGUAGGAUUCAGUAUUAUUAAUUAUCUGCAAGUGAUUGUUGUGCAUUUUGGAAUCUCAAAAUGUAAUUGCCUGGUACCAAAGGAUGCUUGAGUUUACCUUUGUAGCUAGUUUAGAGAAAGAAGUGGUUUCUUGUGAACCUGUUGUUAAAUUAUGUUUAUUGAGCCAGAAUUUUAAAUUAGACUAAUCAGGAUAAAUCUUUAAAUGUAUUUCAGUGUCUCAAUAGGCAAGACAGUUUUGUAACUAUAAAAUCAGAAAUAUUGAUGACAUUUGCCAUCGCUGAUCCAAGUCAUUUUGUACAAUUCUUUCAGCUGGAUCUAAAUGGCUCUCUAGACAUAACACCUUUGUACCAACAGGUGGAAUCCACUGACGUGGCUUAUUAUUGUCUCACUGAUACACAGAUGAUCCAUUUUUGUCACUGCUAAUCAAAAUACAUUGGUCAUGCAUUUACAUGCAUUGUGGUUUAUUAGAAGUUGAAUUUGCAGUCACAAGGCUGGUAAUGCAUUUCACGUGGGUACAUCCAGGAUGUUAUCAAAGGCCAAGCAUCUGCUUAAUAUUUUGAAAACUAAGUACCAGAUUUUCUCAGCAGUGUAUUUUUAACCUGAUGGAUAUUGGUACUGAUCAAGCUUUAGCCCCUUAGCACAUCCUAAUCAGAUACUCCUUCAUUUUUAAGUACCCUCUUUUCAUACUAUAUGGAGUAAAAUAAAUUUUUCAAAAGCUUACAUUGAUUUAGCUGUGAACAAAGAUUUGUUGACUCUGGCAUGGUGAUUUGAGUUUCUUUUCAGUAUGGUAGAUUGGUGCAGGUAUUUCAGUCUCCUGGAUUGCUCAAAUUAAUGUAUUUUACCUAUUUUGUAAAAUAGUUCUGUUGUGUGAUGUACAUAGUUUAAACUAAUAAAACCCUUUUGGUUUGCGUUGU